AUGGCACGAACAGGCCGCACCUCCGCCCGCACGGGGCUGGCCCCCUUCCUUUUGGCCUCCUCGGCCAUCGUCUGGAUCUCGGCCGUCAUUGUCAUGGGCAUUCUUGCUUACCUCGUCUCUGAGGGCACCCGCGGCGACUUUGUCAUCUACUCUCUGGUUAUUUCUGUCCUCACCACCAUUUUCUACCUCGCCGCCUUUUUCCUCGCUGGUCGCCCUGGUUUCGUCUUGCUGUUUAACCUCAUCUUUUCCUAUCUAUGGCUCGUGGUCGUGGUGUUCACAGCCAGCAGCUACACCUACAGCAACAGCUCCCUUCUCCAUGCGGUCGAGGCCUUUAGCUUCAUCGCCUUCUUCUUCCUGUUCUUCAACGUCCUUUACGACUGGCACAACGGCUUCUACCGCGGCGGUGCUCGCACCACUGCUGUUGUCUAA